AUGGAGACUAGACAAUCCGCGAGAAAGCGAAGGAAUAGCUCCGUCUCGAAUUCGAGGGGCGAACCUUCAACCGCUCAGCAAACAAAACACAGCGUGCCUUCUGGGUACACCGCGCCCCAAAGUACCUCCAGCACUCCGAGAAAAGCCAGGAAGCGAGUUAGGUUCUCCGACCCCGGCCCUCGGCUGCAUGAUGCUGGUUCCGGCUCUACCGGUUUAACACCCGCGAUGAAACGCACUUCUUUCGGAGAUCAUAGCACCCGAUUUCCGACUCCCGGAGACCGCUCACCGAGUAGAAAAGCGCGACGGACAUCGGCUCCAGCACCGCGGUUUCAACGGUCGUUUGAUCCGAUCGAGCCAUUUGAUGAAACCUGCUCUGAGCGAAUCGUGCAAUUCACUCCCCUGCGUCAGAUUCUGGACACACGCACCCAAAGGAGAAUCCGACGGAUCGGUCUGAGUGAUGAAAUCAAUCAUAUCGAGCGCGAGAAGCGCCAGGCAUCCGAUUUCGAGAAAACCAUAGAAAAUUUGCGUCAAGAGCGAGACUCGUUGAAAAAUGAGCUGAGCACUUUGAAGCAGAGGCAUGCGAUUCCAGAGGAUGAGCUGCCUUCCUAUGAGUCUUUCUGGAUGUCGCCUCAAGUGCGUAUCCAAGAACUGGAACAUGAAACGUCUCGUCUGCGCGACGAAAUUUCCGUGGCCUCUUUUAGAAGCCAGGGUGAGGCAUCUCUGCCUGUCAGCAACGAAGGCGAAACAUUCAUGCUCAAUGAUAGCGCCAUCAUUGUUUCCAACUCUCCAGACUUCCGCGCGGUGCGCGAUUGCCACUCACCCGUGCCGGAUAGUCUGAUGCUAUUUGAUCAGCAACAUACCGACGUGUCAACCCAGACACAAGCGUUGGAUAGCACCGAGGACCACGAUAUCCACAAUCUCACUCUCGAUCUGGAAGCGGCCAGGAAUGAAAAGAAAGAGCUGUUCGAUGCGUGUCGCUCGCAUGUCAGCGCAUUUGAAAACUCUGGAAUGGGUGACAUCUUUCGCCAAUCAUCUCCACCUCCAGAUUUCUUUGAUAACAUGAUUGCUAUCCUGACGACCGCACUGUAUCGCGCAUCGGAUGCUACUCAAGCUCUCGAAGGAAUCAGCCAGGAGUGUUCCAGCUUAGGCUUCUCUGGUACGAAUGCAGACGAAGUGAUUUCAGACAUGAAAACCCACUUCCGAUCGGCUCGCCUUGAGCUAGAGCGGAUCAUUCCUGGCGAGACUCCCAACGGUCUCGAAGAUGGAAAAGCAACACUGGGCGCGCUGAUCAAGCGGGUCAGGUCACUAGCAAAAGACUUGAGGGAGGAACGCAAACAGCACUACGGCUCACUUGGCCGAGAAAAAGCCCUUCGUGGUCAAUUCGACAACUUAUUACAUCGGUAUGAGGCAGCCGCAAACAAAAUUGGCAAUCUCGAGGACUCGAUCGCAUCUUCGGCAGGCGAUAUGCUCCACACCAGAAUGCGCAUGCAAGACCUCGAGAACGAACACCAAGAGAAAAAUAUCGGGAUUGACAGAUUGAAUGCCGCCCUGAACAAAUACCAUGAAGAUGUGAAGAGCCUUGAAGAGCUGGUGGGCAGAUUGGAGGAUGAGAACCUGGCCACCAGGGAAGAACACGCCCAGCAGAUCUCCAACCUUGAGAGGCAGGUAGCCAGUGAGCGGAAGCAACGUUCUGCCAUUGAGACCACCGCGUCCGAAUAUGAAUCUCGCAUCCGCCAGCUGGAAGAUACCGUCGAGCAGAAUCGCAUUCGUGCUUGCAACCUUAUAUCUGAGGUUGAGUCUCUCGAGAAAGAGCACAAACAAGCCAUUGAGGCCCUCGAGCAAAAUGCAAGCCAGCAAUUACAACAAUAUGAGGAAGAUGCAGGGACGCUCAAUGUUCGUAUCUCGGAACUCACUACAUCGCUUGAGGAAACACGGUCGGAAGCUCAGCGUCUCCGUCAAUUGAAUGAAGGUCUGGAGGAGCAGCUCCGGGCGGAACUUGAUGCCCGUGAUGAGCUUCUGGACAGAUGGGCCACUGAGCAAGCCCGCUCCUUUGCCUUCAUGAAAGAGACUGUUGGCUCAGAGCGACGGCGAGCCAAGGUCCGCGCAGCCAACUGGGAGCUCAAAUCGGACGAUCUCAUGUCUGACGGGACUACUGUCAUGGGAAGCGAGCCUAUCACCCCAGUCAGUAUGACAAGGUUCGUUGAUGUUGAGAUGGGACGGGGGAAGAAUCGCCGACGCAUGGACAGCGGGAUCGGGAUCCUUACGGAAGAUGAGCUCUUGGCGAGCGAGGAUGUUUCGGAUCUGCGGAGGGGAUUGGACUCUGAUAUUGAUUUGCCCACGUCUGAUCUGAUCGAAUUUUAG